CAUGCAACAGUGGCUGUCAUUGUGAAGGAGGUUGCGGGUGCCAUCUUGACCGCGCUGGUCGAGGAGACCAUGCCGGUACCACAGACGGAGGACUGGAGAGCCAUCGCUGAUGGGUUCCAGGAGCGCUGGAACUUUCCGAAUUGCGUUGGUGCCAUUGAUGGGAAGCACGUGGUGAUGCAGGCUCCGGCCAAUUCUGGGUCCCUGUACUUCAACUACAAGUCCACCCACUCCUUGGUACUACUGGCUGUAGUGGAUGCCCAGUACCUCUUCAGGGUAGUGGAUGUCGGAGGCUUUGGAAGGAGCAGCAACAAUGGGAGCCUGCGGAAUUCUGCAUUUGGAGAGAGCCUCAGAGAUGGCAGUCUGCAGCUACCACCUGACACUGUCAUCCCAGGAGCAGAGCGGCUGGGCCUUCUUCCCCAUGUGUUUGUUGGAGAUGAGGCUUUUCCGCUGCUGGACAACCUGCUGCGUCCAUUCCCUGGACGUCACCUCACCCGUGAAAGGAGGUUGUUCAACUACCGCCUCAGCCGUGCCAGGUUGGUGGCUGAAUAUGCGUUUGGCAUCCUCUCAUCCCAGUGGAGAAUGCUCAGGCGUAUCAUCACCACCAGCCCCGAGGUAACAGAGUUGUGUGUGAAGGCCGCCUGUGUGUUGCACAACUUCCUCCGCAGGAGGACGAUAGGAAGACCAUCAUGCACACUUAUCGCAAAGUCCACGGGUGAAGCUACUCCAACCCUGUGUGAUGCACCGAGGAUGGGCUCCAACAAUGCCACACGCAGAUCCAUCCAACUGCGGGAGACCUUCAGCUCCUAUUUGAAUGAGGAGGGUGCAGUGCGAUGGCAGCAUAGAGUGGUGUAG